GUGUAUAGUAAUUGUAUAUGUGUUGGGGUACACACUGUUGUAUUGUUGGUAACAGUGUUGUGUAUGUUAUAUGAUUGUAUGGUCGAGACAAUCGAUAGCUGAGUGUAUGUAUAGUAUGUAUAGUAUGUAUGUAUGUAUUACUCCAUAGUGUGCUAACACAGGGCAACACAAAACAAUUUAGAGUUUCCUUGGAAUUCACACAACUGUUACCACAUUUGGGUCGUUAAGGAACCCAACUUAAGACAACACCAACACAUCCAAGACAUGCAACAGAAUAGCACACCAAACAACACGACGACCACAUCAACCAUCACAACAAACAAGUCAUCGGCUGAUCACACGACAGCACUGGCCGUUUCGGGUACAGCAUCUGCAGCCAUCAAUUCGUUGGCUACCAUGAAGUCUGAUUUUAACACAAGUGCCGCCUCAGUCCAGGCGACCACAGCCCAAGUUAUCACAGUUGUGGCCCCGACUCACAACACGACAGCUCACGCCAACAAUCUGAUCGCAGGACAGCCGGUUGUCGUACAGGUGUCGAGUGGCGGCCAAUUCAUAGCUGUUGCAGUUUCGCCAGAAAGCACUGGACAAGCGAGUGGUGGCCAACAGUCAGAUUCAGCGACAGUAGCUUCGGGUGCGGCCACAGCUUCAGCUGAUGAAGACGAUGGACAGUCGGGUUUCGAUGACUUUUCCACUUACACUAAUGGCUCUAAUUCAGGACCGCAGAUGACUUAUUAUACUACCGACUCAUACACGACUGCAACCGCUUAUUACAACUCAAGUGGAGUGAACCAAAUAUUGACAGAUGGAACAUACCUAGUGAUGGAACAAACAGACUCUACACUGACAGGUGUUUCUGGAGCACAGCGCACAUCACCACAAACAGAUAAACAACAACUGCGAGCACACGAAAGCCUUCAAUCAAACCUAAGUAGCGCUUCAUUACUAAUAAAUCCUUUUACUCUUCAAACUGAUCCGCACAACACAUGUUCACCGACGACCACUACUGCUAUCUGUGCCUCUAUUAAACCCAAUUGUAAUCAACAGCAACAUCAAAAUGUUCGCGAUAUGGAUAUCGUUCACGUACAAUGGCUUAUUGAGAAUUAUGAGACAGCAGAAGGUGUAUCACUGCCACGCUCUACAUUGUACUCCCAUUAUCAGCAACACUGUCAACAGCACAACAUAGAGCCCGUAAAUGCCGCCUCUUUUGGCAAAUUAAUUCGUUCAGUAUUUAUCGGUCUUAGGACACGACGUCUCGGCACAAGAGGAAAUUCAAAAUAUCAUUACUAUGGUAUCCGUGUUAAACCCGGUUCGCCAUUAGCCCGACUCAAUGAUAUUGGUUCUACUGUUGUAGGAUCGGAGUCAACUCCUCCAGCAAAAAGAGCCAAAACUAAUUCUAAUGCAAUUGGUUCAAAGACAAUAACCAAUAAUACAUCAGAUAGUCAUCAAAGUGCAGUGGCAGCCGCCUCUCCUGAAGUAUUAAUUGCUUAUUUAGGUGACGCAACAUCUUUAUUGAAAGAUGUUUGGCCAGAGAUUUCCGAUGGUUUGAAUGAAAACGAGAGAAUAAAGUUUACAUCAAUUUAUAGAUUACAUUACGACGACAUCAUAAACGCUUUGGGAACACUUCAGUUUAAUUCAAUUGAAAUUAUUUGGCAACAAUUUUGGCAGAAACCGGAUAAUAGUGAUAAUAAAGAUGAUGGGAUGACAAUAACACAAAUUCAAAGUCUGAUAUCAAUGACAGCAGACGAUGAGUCAAUGGGAAGACUAACCGAUUGGAUCAUUGAAACCGAUUACAAGAUGUAUAACGCACUCAUAUCUUCACUAUUACUUCCAAAUCUCUUGAGACCCAUUCCACAGAACCUAACGCAACAAAUUAGAAAUUUUGCCAAAAAUAUCAAUCAAUGGAUGACUAAUGCUUUAGUUGGAUAUGACGAGGAAUUCGUUUCGGCCAAAGUUGCAGCUGUCGGUGCUUUUAGUCAUACCCUUAGAAGAUAUACUUCUCUUAAUCACUUGUCAUCAGCCGCCAGAGCUGUCUUACAAAAUCAGCAACAAAUUCAACAAAUGAUUAAUGAUUUAAAUCGAGUUGACUUUAAAAAUGUUCAGGAGCAGGCCAGUUGGGUUUGUCAAUGUGAUGAUGAAUUGGUCGAACAGAUUGAACAAAGUUUUAAAGCUUUACUACAAGAGAGUAAUCCGUUUGACAAAUGGGGCGUUUGGUGCGAACAGAUUCUGGAUCUCUGUUUAACUGAUGAUGACGUACGGUCUGCCACUCAGUUCUUCUUCAAAUGGGGUUUCUAUAGUUCUCUAGUAAUGAGAGAUUUAACUCUUCGGUCGGCCUCAUCGUUUGGAUCGUUUCAUUUGAUCCGACUUUUAUAUGACGAAUAUAUAUUUUAUUUGAUUGAACACCGAGUGGCCAAAGCCACUGGAAAGACACCAUUGCAAGUGCUCGGAGAAGCACGAACUUUGAGGACCAGGAGCUUAAUUGACAUAAAUACUGGACAAACAAAUGCUAAUUGAGCUCUACUACUAAGUAUUAUAUUGUCUACAUAAAGAUAUUAUGUAUUGUUAAUUUUAUUAAUACUUUUUAAUACCAUAAAAUGUUAAAAAUUUCAUGUAAUAUAUUUUAACUCAAUAAUUGUUUAGUCAAACAUUUUUCAAGUCUUUAAAAUAUUUUUAAGAACCACGAAAUAUACAUUUAAUUUAUUCAUAUUUCACUUAUAUAUAUAUAAAUAU